CAUUGCUCCCGUGCAGCUGGUGAACUUUGCCUAUCGGGACUUGCCCCUGGCUGCCGUCGACCUCUCCACGGCGGGCUCGCAGCUCCUGUCAAACCUGGACGAAGAUUACCAAAGAGAAGGAAGGCCCGGCCUCCGAGGGGCGCACCCCACAUUUCUGGAUGCACGAGGCGCAGAGGAGAACCGGCGCUCCGCUCCUCCCACGGGACGUGCAGCUGAGCCUUCCUCUGGCCGCUCGGCGCGGCACCAGCCCAGGCAAACCGCGGCCCUUCUCGUUUAUCACUGCGGAGGGUGCUUGCCUCAGAUUUCAGCUGGGGCCUCCUUCAAGCUUUCCCCGGAUGGACUGUGAGGAAGAAAUCUCCUUGAAGCACCACACUAUUCCUUCGGGGAGAAGGGAGCACCUCAAGGCAGAGCUCCCCUUUCCAGCGACACCAGCGAGAUCUUCGGGGAUGGGUACCGGCCGCUUUGCAGCAGGCUCCAGCCGAUUGCUCCCUCUGGACAGGCAGGACAGGGGGUGGUGGCCACAUCUUUGGGCCAUCAGAUCAUGUCAUCAUCACCACCACCACCACCACCACCACCACCACCACCACCAUCACCAUCACCAUCACCAUCAGCUACAUGGUGCUUUACAGAUCAGAUACUCAGGUCUACCUGGCUGAAGCCGUGCUGUGGGAAGAGGGCAGCCGUGUGGCAGUUUCCAGUGCGUUCCAGUUUGCCGGCGUGAUACACUGGAUCAGCCUGGCCAUCCUCUCGGUGUUCUUCUCAGAGACUGUGCUUCGGAUCGUGGUGCUCGGGAUCUGGGAUUACAUUGAAAACAAAAUAGAGGUGUUUGACGGGGCUGUGAUCAUCCUGUCCUUGGCGCCGAUGGUGGCGUCCACCGUGGCCAACGGGCCCAGGAGCCCCUGGGAUGCCAUCAGCCUGAUCAUCAUGCUCCGGAUCUGGCGGGUGAAGAGGGUCAUUGAUGCCUACGUCCUGCCUGUGAAGGUGGAGAUGGAGAUGGUCAUCCAGCAGUACGAGAAGGCCAAGGUCAUCCAAGAUGAGCAGCUGGAGAGACUGACGCAGAUCUGUCAGGAGCAAGGGUUUGAGAUCCGGCAGCUGCGGGCGCACCUGGCGCAGCAGGACCUGGACCUGGCGGCCGAGCGCGAGGCUGCGCUGCAGGCCCCUCACGUGCUCAGUCAGCCGCGCAGCCGCUACAAGGUGGUGGAGGCCGGCACGUGGGCCGAGGAGACCGCGGCCGAGGGCGUCGUGGAGGAGCUGCAGCCCGCGCAAGAAGCCGUGGUGAAAGAUGACAUGAACAGCUACAUCAGCCAGUACUACAAUGGGCCCAGCAGUGACAGCGGUGUCCCAGAGCCAGCUGUGUGUGUGGUCACCACGGCUGCCAUAGACAUCCACCAGCCCAACAUCUCCUCUGACCUCUUUUCCGUCGAUGUGCCCCUGAAGCCCAGCAGCGAUGGCAACCGCGCCAGCGCCACCUCUGAGAGCGCCUCCCGCUCCACGCGCAGCUCCGUCACCCGGGCCCAGAGUGACAGCAGCCAGACGCUGGGCUCCUUCACAGACUGCAGCACCGCCCGCGAGGAGCCAUCCUCUGAGCCCAGCCCCUCUCCCUUGCCACUGCCGCCGCCACCACCUCAGCAGCAGACGGCAGAGGCCACCGUCCAGGACCUGUUGUCCUCCCUGUCGGAGGACCCCUGCCCAUCCCGGAGGGCCUUGGACCCAGCCCCCCUUGCCCGGCCCAGCCCAGCGGGCUCGGCCCAAACCAGCCCUGAGCUGGAGCACAGGGUAAGUCUGUUCAACCAGAAGAACCAGGAGGGCUUCACUGUCUUUCAGAUCAAGCCUGUCAUCCAUUUCCAGCCUGCUGUGCCUGUGCUGGAGAAGUUCAGAUCUUUGGAAUCCAAAGAGCAAAAGCUGCACAGGGUCCCUGAAGCCUAGAGCCUCCAGGCAGGCUGGGGGGGGGGGGGGGGAGGGGGAGGGCGGAGACAGCCAUCUCGAUGCUCUCCCGGGGCCCCGGAGGCCACCAAGGGCCACACGAGGGGCCCAGGAGCCCUCCUGGCCUCCCUCAGGGUGCUGCCUGCCUCCAGGGAGGUGACGCCAGGCCAGGAGGCCACAUGCCUCAGACCUCAAAGCCCAGAGCUGGCGCCUCCUCUCACCCUGCUCAGGGGAGGGUGGUGCUCGUGGCUGGGGGUUUUUUAAACCACUUUUACAAAAACCAGCCUGUGGCCCAGCUUCAGCAGGGUAGAGCGCGGGGGCCAGCUCAGCCUCUUCUGUUGCCUUUGUUCCUGAUGCCCACCCGGGACCCGCGGGAACAGCACUGUGAGCAGGGGCUGUCCAGCCCCACCCCCAAGCCGUCUUUUCCAGGAAUCCUGGGUGGAGCCCACACGAUCACACACACACACCCCACCAUCUGAGCCUGUUUCAUCUGUCCUCAUUCUCAUCUAGGCAUGGGCGUUUCUGAGUCUUUUCAAGACAAAUCUCGUUUUCACCUUCACGGGACAUAAAGGGAUCGCUCUGGAGGUGGGUGGGAGGGUCCGGGGGUGGGGGGACGGCCAUUUUCCAAUCUUGGCUUUAAUAAUAAAAACCACCUGCACUGA